CCCCUGGUCCCAACAUCAAGGUCCAAGCCCCUCAAAAAGCCCUAAAUGAGUUCAUAUCUGUCUAAUGAUAGAGCGAUACAUCCUUAGAGAGACUGGAACAAUGAAGCAGAUUACUGUGGGGGAAAGUGGAUCAAUGAACCCAAAUGUCUGAUAUGUCACCAACUAUUUCUCUGCCAUGUGGAGGUGAAAACACCGAUAAGGAGACGCCAUGCUGUCUCACAUUAGAAGGACGUUGCCUCUUUUAAGCCGCCACUCAGCCGUGUGCACUUUUGAAAGGAUCAACCAUCCAGCUCGAAGCUCCUCCUCCUUCAGUGACCUCAUCACGGCGUCUGAUGGUCUCGUCCUCCGCUCAGAGUCCACAGACGUCUUCCAGAACCUGGCUCUGGAGGACUGGAUCGACGCCAAUGUGGACCUGCAGCAGCGCUGCAUCCUACUGCUGUGGAGGAACCAGCCAUCCGUGGUCAUCGGACGCCACCAGAACCCGUGGACCGAGUGCAACCUGCCAGCUCUGAGGAGGGCGGGGAUCACUCUGGCUCGCAGGCGGAGUGGCGGUGGGACUGUUUACCACGAUUUGGGCAACCUCAACCUGACCUUUUUUACUUCUAAAAAGGGGUAUGACAGGAAGAGGAACUUGAAGGUCGUCACAGACGCUCUGAAGAGGAUCAGACCGCAGCUGAAUGUCCAGGCGACUGAGAGAUUCGACAUUUUACUCAACGGACACCUCAAGAUCUCCGGCAGUGCAUCCAGGCUGAGCAGGAAGUCGUCCUACCAUCACUGCACCCUGCUGCAUUCUGCUGACCGCUCUGCUCUCUCCGCCGUGCUCCGACCCUCAUGUCCAGGUAUCAUCAGCAACGCCACACCCAGCGUGCCCUCACCUGUCGCCAACCUGGUCGACCAUGCUCCCACGCUGCAGUGGGAGGAGCUUUUGGAGGCACUGGGGCAACAAUACAACACAGAGUUUGGCUUCAGGGCUCCAUUGGCGCUCGUGAACCCCUCUGAUGAGGCUGAGUUCCCUGGCCUCAGUAGGAUGGAGGCGGAGCUACAAACCUGGGACUGGACAUUUGGUAAGACGCCAAAGUUCAGCGUCAAAACCGCCCUGGACUUGACGGACACUCACUCCGCUCACAGCUCGGCUCAGCUGUGCAUGGAGGUAAAGAACGGUGUGAUAGAAGGCUGUGAUCUCCACGUUAAUACAGACUGGCUACCUCCACGACUAAGUGGCGAGCUGAGUGGCGUGCUGGUCGGGGAGAGGUUUUGUGGGCAUAGAGCAGCUGCGGCGGUCACCGCUCUGCUACGGUCUGAAUGCGGCGAGCUGCAGGACAGACUGAUAAACCUGUGUGACGCCAUGGUUUCUGUGAUGGGAGCACCUCUUAUUUAAUAUUGUUUAUUUAAU